AUGACCUCCACCAACGGCGGAUCGAAGCGAUUUGAGCUUCCCAAGCUCGAUUUCAAGUUCGGCUCCCUUACCGACGGAACCGAUAUCCCCCCGCCGCUUCCUAGCCCCGUCCAGGAGGUACCCACGCCUCCCCAGACCCCGCGUGCGAGCGUGACCAAAGACUCUGAACCCGCCGUCAAGGAAAAGGUCAAUGACAAGACAAAUGGCCACGGCCUGGCAGUGCCCAACUCGCCGGCCACCACGAAUGAGGGCGAGUCCCAGUCGAACGGGGGAGUCCCCCACAACCGUCCCAUGAGCCGCAGCCAGGGCAGCAUUGCCGAUGAGAAGAAGUCGAGACGUGCCAGCGGGUGGUUCAAGAGACUGCGCUCUCAUGAUUCCUCACCGCCGCACAAGCGCGCCAGCGUCGUAUACGAGCAUCCGAACAGCAGCCAGACGCAAAGCAGACCCCAGAGCAGGCCCCAAGUCCACGGUCCCCCUCCGCCGAUGAUUCCCGAGCUGAGCGCGCUCGAGGCCAAGGUUGACUUGACGGACGGAGGUAGCUUGGGUGAUGACCUGUUCAAGAACAUCAAGUAA